AUGGAGGUGGACGCCAUGCUUGCGGAGCUAAGGACGGCGGCGGCGAGUAGAGGACCGGGCUGGCUUCAGGAGCAGGUCCAGCAGCUGCUGAGAGGGGCGGCUGAGGCACCUGUUUCGCCUCAGCCUUCUUUGUCACGGCCUCGGCGGGUCCGGCCGCCGGAGCGCCUCAGUCCACAGUUGUCCUCCCCUCGGUCUCAGCGCUGCAGACGGAGCCCUACACAGGACCCUUCAUGCCGGCAGGCCGCAGGUACAGCUUCUGCUUGUGGGCCCCGGCGUGGGAGGAAUCCGGCCAGCAGGCGGAGCCCUCGAGCAGGCCUUGGAAGGUCUGUACAGCUAUGUACCAGCGCCCUCCAGUGUUUAGGACCAGGUACAGCGGGCCUUGUCCAGGAGAUGAUUGUGGAUGAGGCCCCUCGGCAUGAGCAAGUGUCUGGGGACAACGGGGCGGCUGCGGACCUGAGCAGCAGGCCCUCGGCGAGGUUGCAGCAAGACCCUCCAGGCUCCGCCUUUUCCUGGGCGUCGAGUGAAGAUCAUGGAUGUCACGUCUCUGGUCCCGGUCGGGCCAGGGGACCGUCGGGGGACCGUUUUUCAUCGGCUUCAUCGCAGAGGAAGGAACGUCUGGAGUCGGGAUCUUCGGCUGAUGGGAUCAAAGCUUCCAGGCAGCCAGAGUGGGCGUUUAGGGACUCGGCAGGAUGUGAAUCUAUCAUUCACUAUUUAGACGAUUUUCUGUGUAUUGGCCCCGCGGGUUCAAAGGUGUGUUCUUUAUUGCUGCAUUCACUGGAGGUGCUGUUCGCUGCGUUUGGUGUUCCCCUGGCGGUGGAAAAGACGGUGGGUCCCGCGACGGAGUUGAGCUUCCUGGGUAUCGAUUCGAAGCGGAUGGAAUGUAGACUGCCCCGGGACAAGCUGGAGGAUUUGGAAAGGGAGGUGGGGAGGGCGCAGCGAUUAGCAAAACUUCAACUGAAGGAGCUGCAGUCGCUCCUGGGUAAGCUAAAUUUUGCUUGCCGGAUAAUGCCCAUGGGGAGGAUUUUUAGCAGGAGGUUGGCGGCUGCGACAGAGGGGUGGGAGCGUUUUCGCCAGCUGGCUCCAGAAGCGGAGGAGGACGGGCUGGACUGCCCGAGCUGCCUAUGGGAACUCCUGGAGACAACAUCACUCUUUGCAAUGAAGUCCAGACUGCAUCUUCUGUUUUGGCUUCUUCUUCUUCUUCACCAUCAAAGACCUUCCAUGAGCUCUCCCUUUAGCAGAUCUGGAUGUAGACCUGGUACAGCAAAAGAAUGCAAGGAUGCCAAAUUUGUUCCAGGCCAUACUCUAUUAGGAGAAGGCAUUGAUAUUGUCACCAUGAAGUCAACCGGCUCUUUUCUUCUGGAUCUACAGGAGGUUGGAGAGAAAUGUGCAGUGUGUGACAACCCUCACAACAAAAAUGUGCUGCAGAAGCUGCCCAAGGCGCUGGUGGACUGGAGACCAGAAACUUCAUGUUACAGAAAUAUACAAAGCUUGACAUCUACAUCUACAGUGUCAGUGGCCAAUGAAGCAACUUCUGAAGUGGAGAACGACUGGAAAGUUGGUCUCAAAUUGAACAUGCAUGUGGCCAACCUAAACAUAGCUGUGGGAGGUUCUCACAGUCAGAUGACCAAAUUUGCAGAGAGUAAAAGCAGCACGGACAAUUACAAUUUUCUGAGCCAGAAAUUAGACUGCGCUUUCUAUAGUUUUGGCCUGGGAUCCAAUGCCUCGUUUACACCUCAUUUCAAUAAAGCUUUGAAAAGUCUCCCAGAUUCCUAUGAUAAGAACACCAAAGCUGAAUACAGACAUCUGAUCGCUAACUUCGGGACACAUUAUAUCACACGUGUAAAAGUCGGAGGUCGGACCCAGCAGGUCACUGCAGUGCGAACAUGUGAAGUGUCUAUGAGCGGUUUGCAAAUGCAUGAGGUCAAGGAUUGCCUUCGAGUCGAAUCUGAGAUUGGGAUAUUCAAGUCAGCAAGUAUUCAUUCCAAAGUUGAAGAUUGCAAAAAAAAAUUAGAGAAAGCGGGAUAUGCUGGAGAUUUCCAUCAAGCAUUCAGUGAACGCACGUGGAAGGUCAUAGGAGGAAAUGCGAAAUUCGAUCUUCUCUCACCCGAUACGGCCUCUGCUGAUGCCUUUGAGCAGUGGAUGGAAAGCUUGAAGACUCAACCUGGUCUGGUUUCCUAUUCCUUAGAUUCCAUUCAUAACUUGGUAAAAACGAGGGGUCCUAAGAGAGAGAACCUCAGGCUGGCUAUAAGUGAUUACAUUAAUGAAAUGGCUAUAACACAGAAGUGCUCAUGUCCCGGCCGUCAAGGGAAAGACUGCUCCUGUUCAUGUCCAGCUUCUAGGUACACAAGUUCUAACUGCUGCCCAACACGUCGACAAGUCGCUAGGGUUCACCUAUCCAUCAAAGAUGCCAGUGGUCUGAAAGCUGACGUUUUCUCACAGGCAGACGCCUACGUGAAAUUUAGAUUCCAUCCUGAAGAAAUAAGAACCCCAACAAUCAUGAAUAAGAAAAAUCCCACGUGGAAUAUGAAUUAUGAUUUCGGAGUUCUAGAGCUCAGCCCAAUUAAGAAAUACACAAUAGAGGUUUGGGAUAAGGACGUAAAAUAUGAUGAUUUGCUGGGAAAAUGUGAGAGAGUUCUGACAUCAGGUACUACUACUCACACCUGUUCUCUAAAGAAAGGCACGAUUAGAUAUUCUGUAAGUGUUACUUGUGUUGAUCACCUCAGAGGGCCGCAUUGUGAGAGUUAUAGCCCAGUGCCACCGACUGCUUAGUUGAGUUUAGAAUUCCCUUAUAAAUG